CUGAGCUUGGAUGGCACCUGAAGAUCGGCGACUUCAUUGUUGGUUGGGUCCACCGCUGGCAGCAGUGAAGCGAUGUUGGAAGGGCAUCACAGCAACAUUGAUGAGGUGGGCCCAGUGGUGAGAAAUGAGACUUUGACAUUAGUUUGUCUGGCACAGGCAGCAGUGAGGGGAUGGCAGAGGAGUAUCAGCCCAGCUGCAAAGAUGGUACCCAAGGAUCAAUGUUGGUUGGGUCCAGUGUAGAUGGCAGCGAAGAAAUGGCAGGGCAGGUGUCGUUGGUGGUGAUGAGCUGGCUCAGGACUGAUAGACUCACUUCAAGCUAUGUCUAUUUUUUCCAUAUUCCUAAACUAUUCAAAACGGUGCUAUUUUGUGGCAGCAAAUGAAAGCUUUUCACUGUGUAUUAUUGUAUUCUUACUGUAAAAUACAUGUGACAAUAACAUCAAAAUCAAAUCAAGGUACUGAUGUGUAUAGAAGAUUUUCUGACUGGCUGAAGGCAGAGAGUGGGGAUAAAUGGGUUUUAUUUUCAGGAUGGCAGCCAGUGACUCAUGGAGUUCUUUAGGGAUCAGUGUUGGAAUCACAACUAAGCACAUUAUACAUUUACAAUAUGGACGAAGGAACUGAGGACCUUGUUGCUAAGUUUGCAGAUGACACAAAGAUAGUCAUAGAGUCAUGGAGCUGGAAACAGACCCUUCAGUCCAUGCCAACCAGAUACCCUAAAUAAAUCUAGUCCCAUUUGCCAGCUUUUAGCCCAUAUCCCUCUAACCCUUCCCACCUAGAUGCCUUUUAAAUGUUGUAACUGUACCAGCCCCCACCACUUCCUCUGGCAGCUCAUUCCAUACAUACACAACCUUCUGCGUGAAAAAGUUGCCCCUUAGGUCCCUUUUAAAUCUUUCCCUUACCACCUUAAACCUAUGUCCACUAGUUUUGGACUCCCCCACACCAGGGAAAAGUCAUUGGUUAUUCAUCCUAUCCAUGCCCCGCAUGAUUUAUAAACCUCUAUAAAGGUCACCCCUCAGCCUCUGACACUCCAGGGAAAAUAGCCCCAGUCUUUUUAGCCUCUCCCUAUAGCUCAAACCCUCCAACCGUGGCAACAUUCUUGUAAAUCUUUUCUAAACUUUUUUGAGUUCACAACAUCACUCCUACAGCAGGGAGACCAGAAUUUUACGCAGUAUUCCAAGUGGUCUAACCAAUGUUCUGUACAGCUGCAACAUCAUCUCCCAAUUCAUAUACUCAAUGCACUGACCAAUAAAGGCAAGAAUACCAAAUGCCUUCUUCACUAUCAUGUCUAUCUGUGAAUCCACUUUCAAGGAACAAUGAACCUGCACUUCAAGGUCUCUUUGUUCAACAACACUCCCCAGGGCCUUACCAUUAAGUAUAGGAAAAGGAAGACAGGAGCAAGCAGGGAAAAUCUCUGAACACAUAUCUGAUUCCAGAUCUGCUGGAAAACUAAUGUCCAGGCUUUCAUGGUUUGAACUGAGCAUUAGUUUGAAUUUUGUGAGCAGUAACCUAAAAGAUCUCAGCAGUGUAUGGUCCUAUACUGCCACCUGCUGUCUGCACUUGGGUGUAAAGUUUAUUCCCAAAUUAAUUCAAAUACACUUUCAGAGUCGUGGAGUCAUAGAGCACAGAAACAGAUCCUUUGGUCCAACUCAUUGUGCCGAUCAGACAUCUUAAUUUGACCUGGUCCUAUUUGCAGCAUUUGGCUCAUAUCCCUCUAAACCCUUCCUAUUCACAUACUUAUCCAGAUGCCUUUUCAAACAUUGUAAUUUAUUUGAAAUAAAUUGCCUCUUGCAUAAUGCAAAUACAACUGAACAUAUAACUUUACUACCUCACUGUGUUCCAACUGGGAUAAUUCCCAGAAUGCACCUGAAAAUGCUGUUCCCAGCAUCUACAUAAACAUCGUUGAGGAUGAGAAGUUGCUCAGUGCAGAAACUGAAUUGUUAAAGACAAUUGGAAUGGACUUUCGGGAGAACUCAGUGGAAAUUGAGGACCUGAAAGGAAGUCAGGGAAGUGAAACCAGGUGAGGAAACAGACAAGCUGUGACUUGAUGAUAUGGGCAACACUGGAGGAGCUUGAACAGGGCAGAUGCCAGAGAAUAUAACCAGACAGUUUGGUUUCAGUAAGAGGUAAGAAAUUGCCACCUAUUGUCAACUUUCAGCCAAAGCUUUUGUAUAUGGGCCUGAAAGGGUUAAUGCUGAAAGAUGCCAUAAAUAUCACCCACCAUAAUGAUGUCAUAUGGACUUGUUGGCAGAACAGUUUCAAAUCUCGAAGGAGUGACAGCUAAUAUCUGGGACUUCCUCAAAGAUUCAGUAAUAUCAACAUAAUUUGUAACCCCCCUCUAAGCUGUGUGCCAUCGACUGGCAUAACUGCUGCUGCACAGAGGGAACAUUUAAGAUAUUUAAGUUACUUUAACUUCAGGCAGGCUGAAAAGCAUAAAGUUAAAAAAUGACUUACAGCUCAGAUCCAGCAUUGCCAGCUUAGUAGGCGGGCACCAUGAGCCACAGCUACAAAAACAGAGGUUCCAAACACAGACCCACACCAAUAAGACCACCAGUUUCUGAAACUUUAUCUGAUUCCACCCUUCUUUGCCCCAGUCCACCUGCAUCUGAAACCCACAUCUGUGCUCUUGUUACCUCCAGACCUGACUUUUCAAACAUAUCCUGGUGAAUAGAUCUGGCUGCAGUAAAAGUUUACAUCAAUCAAAACUCUUCUGCUUAUGUCACAACUCAAGCCUGGUUCAGCUCAUUCUGCUCCCUUAUGUUUCUAAAAAAGCAAUUCUUCAAUGUUAGAAUUUUGAUCAAUGAUUUCAAAUCCCUCCAUAGCCUUGCUGAACCCCUACAUUCCCCAUAACAGUUUGUGUCAAGGCAGUAAUCAGUAGCACUACAAAGGUGCUUGUUUUGAAAAGUUUUCUCUGGGUAUCCCAUUUAUUGUUUUUGCCAUUUAAAGUUUUUAUCAAAGUGUUUGCGCUUGUGCCUCAUGUUAUCAGGUUACUGUUUUGUCAAUUAAUGGAACUAAAGACCUGAUGUAAAGUCUUGAUGGGACUUAUCACUCUAUUUCUCUAACUUCCAGGAAUUGGGAUUGUGUUUGCUGUUAACUCGAUACGAAAACAUUUCAUACAAAAUGAAAACUGAAUGCAAAGCCCACUUUACCCAUCCAGUGAUUAUUAUGGACCCACGGCAGGAACCAUGGAAAUCCUGGCUUCAAUGUGUUGUGAUGAUCCACAAUAGAACACAUGGUAACACAUGACAGUGAAGGGAGAAUGAAUGAUCGGGAAAUCUACAGGUGUCAAUAAUUGGCUGAGUAAUCUAUUGUGAAGAGAUGGCUGUUGAUGCAGUGAUGAUAAUACUGCUUUGGUUGAGUGAUUGGAAAAGUGGAAGAUGGAAUUCAAUCUGGAGAAGUGCAAGGUUAUGCAUUUCCGAAAUGCAAACAAAGCAAGGAAAUACAUACAAACGGGAGAUUACUGACAGUGGAAGAGAUAGAAAGAUAUCUUGGAAUGCAUGUUCACAGAUUCCUGAAAGGUGGCAGGACAUUCCAAAAGAUGGUAAAGAAGACAUGUGGCACGCUUUCCUUCAUUAGGCAAAGGUACUGAAUACAGAAACAGGCACGUAAUACUGGAUAUAAGACCCACAUUAAGCUGGAGUUUUGGUUACAAAGCUCUGAUCAUCACAUUACAGAAGGGACAUAGUUGUUCUACAGAAAGUAUAGAGGUGAUUUACAAGAAUGUUGCCAGAGAUGAAGAUGUAACCAGUAGAAUUGACAAGGGGGAGCCAGUCGAUGUAGAAUCUUUGGACAAUGUCCUGUAUAAGAGAUGAAUGUGCAAGAUUAAAGCACAUGGGAUUGGGGAAAUGUAUCGCGAUGGGUAGGAAACUGGUUGGCAGAGAGGGAACAAAGAGUAGGAGUUAAUGGGUCCUUGUCAAAUUGGCAGGCAGUAACUAGUGGGGGGCUACAGGGAUCGGUGCUGGGACCCCAGCUAUUCACUAUAUAUAGUGAUGAUUUGGAUGAGGGAACAAAAUGUAACAUCUCCAAGUUUGCAGAUGAUACCAAGUUGGAUGGGAGGGUGAACUGUGACGAGGAUGCAGACAUCCUUCAGCAUGAUCUCGACUGGUUGGGUGAGUGGGCAAAUCAAUGGCAGAUGCAGUACAAUUUGGAUAAAUGUGAGGUUAUUCACUUUGGAAGCAAAAACAAGAAGGCAGAUUACUGCCUGAACGGCUGUAAAUUGAGAGAGGGCAGUGUGCAGCGGGACCUGGCUGUCCUUGUGCACCAGUUGCUGAAGGUAAGCAUGCAGGUACAGCAGGCGGUAAAGAAGGCAAAUGGUAUGUUGGCCUUCAUUGCGAGAGAUUUCGAGUACAGGAGCGAGGAUGUGUUGUUGCAGUUAUACAGGGCCUUGGUGAGAUCACACCUAGAAUAUUGUGUACAGUUUUGGUCUCCUUUUCUGAGGAAGGAUGCUCUUGCUCUCGGAGUGCAGCAAUGGUUUACCAGACUGAUUCCGGGGAUGGUCGGUCUGACGUGGGAGGAUAGAUUGACUAGGUUGGGAUUGUUUUCGCUAGAUUUCAGACAAAUGAGGGGGGAUCGCAUAGAGACUCAUAAAAUUCUAACAGGACUGGACAGGGUAGAUGCAGGGACAAUGUUCCCGAUGGUGGGUGUGUCCAGAACCAGGGGUCACAGUAUGACAAUUCAUGGUAGAUGAUUUAUGACAGAGAUGAGGAGAAAUUUCUUCACCCAAAGAGUGGUGAGCGUGUGGAAUUCAUUACCAAAGACGUAGCUGAUGCCAAAAUAUUGAAUGAGAGGCAACUAGGUAUAGCACUUGAGGUGAAUGGGAUCAAAGUUUAUGGAGAGAAAGCAGGUUAUUGAGUUGGACCAUCAGCCAUGAUUGUGAAGAAUUGCACAGCAGGGUCAAAGGGCCGAAUGGCCUUCUUUACCGCCUGCUGCACCUGCAUGUUUACCUUCAGCGAAUGGUGCACAAGGUUUUUUUUUAAAAAAAGCCUAACCCUACAGCUUCCGAACCGGAAAAAAUGAGGAGACGAGGUAAAAAUGAACAACGCAAGCAAGAGAGACCAAUGGAAAAAAGAAUAAACAAACAAAAAUCAGCUGGGGCGGGGACUGUGAGAUGUGUAGUUCAGGAACGUGAAAAUUAACCAAUUAAAGGUUCAUCCUACCACUGGUGUUAAGAUUUUUACGGAAAAUAGGAAUGUGUUUUUAGGGAGGGGGUAGGUUUCGGAAGAAAUUCGGAUUACUGUUUAUACAGCUACAACAUUUUAUCCGCUCAAAUUAGAUCACAUCUACAAUCGGGACCAGUAUUAUGUGGAAGGAAACUUUUCCCGGGAACAGAUCACUUCUUACAAACGGUUUGAACACACGAUUAUUCAAACCUUACCCCAUAACGUGCACAGUUUCUCCAUUUGCUUCCGAUCAACUCAAACAGCACGUGUUAAAUCCCAAUUUAGGUUAAAAAAAAUCCCACCCGCUAACUAGGAUGGUCUGUUUGUAACCAAUAAGGUCAUCAGCAUUUAAGGGUUAGGAGUGACCUAAAGAUGACUUUUUAAAAAUGUAUCAGACUGCAGGAAAAACUGGAAUAAAAGUCUUCCCCGUCCAAGGGGCUUUGGUUUAAGCGGCUGUAGUUUUGAAACCUACCCACGGACUGUCUCUUUACAACAGAAUGUUGGUGAAUCUCUCUCGGGCUGAGCUCUCAGCACAGAAUGGGAGUGUGAUAGAAGCCAAUCUGUCUGGUACUGGCCUAGCCAGCUCGGUGGGAGAGGCAGCAAGUGACACUGUGAAACGGUGUAUCAUUGCUGUUCUGUGUGGUCUGAUCAUUCUGGGUAACACGGCCGUGUUGCUGGUGAUCUCCUCGCCAGUUUCGGGCUGGUCCAACAACAGCCGCCUGGUUCUUAUUUCACUGACCGGUGCUGACGCUGCCCUCGCCCUGAUAGUCAUCCCGCUGAAUUUAUAUGGCAGUAGUGUACCCCAGCUCCGAAACCAGGCCGACUCCCCCUUCUGUCACAUUGUGGUCUUUCUAGACGCCAGCAUCCUAACUUCUUCCAUCUACUCCCUGGCAACAAUCAGCAUCGAGCGCUACAUCGCUGUGUUCUUCCCUCUCAAGUACAGCAUAUUGAUGACCAACUGCAGGAUCAAAGCUCUCAUUGCACUGGUCUGGCUUCUGCCACCCAUCCUCUCAUUUCCCUUAUCCAUCCCAAGUGGAAUUGUCAAAGUUUACUUCUCCAGAGCAUCUUUGAUCUGUAAUCUGGAUUUCUCCAGCAAUGUUACCUAUUCCCUCCUGCUGACAGCAUUCAUCUUCUUUCCCUGCUCACUCAUCAUGACCUUCGCCAAUUUCCGUCUCUGGUUUGUAGCCCGGAGUCAGAAGAAUCGCUUUAAGCUGUCGAAGGCGAAUAGGAGACACGACGCCGCCUCCAGAAUCCUUGUGCCUGUGGUUAUCGUCUAUUAUAUCUGCUGGUGCCCUUGUGUUUGUAACAUGAUAUACCAGGCUCUAACACAGCAGAGGGCGUCAGAGUGGUUGGAAUUCGUUGCCCUGUGGUUACCAUGUGGAAAUGGUUUCUUCAACUGCAUUGUGUACUUCUGGUUAAACCGAAGUUUCAGAAAAAAGUUCCAGGAAAUGGGGCAAAAUCUCUGCUUGUCUGAAUGGUUUGUUAUCCGAAACACUGCAAUUUCACAAGCUCCAAAUAGAAAGCUCAUCACGAAAGUUCGGAAACCGCAUGGUGAUGUGGCAGCAAGGCCUAGCAGCAUCUCCUCCAUGUGUAAUUUGGUAUCCUUCAGCAGUGAAACCACUUUGUCAAAUAUGUAGUCUAACAAGUAUGAAAAGAUGAAAUCAAAUUGUAAAAAGACUUGUACAGAUAUAAAAAUCUUUUGUGGCGGUUGAGCAGGAAGCUGUACGCUGGAAUGGGGAAGUCUUCCUUUUUGAUAUUGAUCUAACUGUUGCCAUUAAUGUAAUAGAAACUAGAAUUAAAAUAUGCAUAUUUGGUCUGGUGGGUUUGAUGUCUUACUCAGAUGCAGCUCAGUGAUAAAAUUCAUUAUAUAAGGUAACAGAACUGUUUCUCAAGCAUUUUGUUUUUGCUUUGAUAUUAUAAUUGGCUAACUUAAUACGUUCCUGUUUUACACCAUGUUAGAUCUGUGUAGCGCCAAAAAUCUGCUUGUCUUACUUUUUAAGAUUAGGUUGGUUCCUAGUUAAGGUGUGCUCUGAAAAUAAUAUAGAGCCUGUUGUAAUGGGGGAAAAGUCUCGGGUCAAUGAAAUUUGGCUGUUUAUGAAUAUUCAUGCAAAUAAUUGGUGAGUUUCUAGUUGAGACUAAAUUAGACCAAAUCAAAAUCACUUCUCUAUUUUCUUAUUUACCAUAGGUAUUAUGCUGUCAUGGCAAAAGAACCAGUGCAUGUCAGAAUUGUGCUCUACAGUAUGUAUAUCCAGUAUAAGGACAGAAACUCCUUGAGUUUUCACAAAGCUUACAGUUUGCAUUUUAAAGAAAAUUUGUGGAAUUCAUUUCCUCACCUCAUCCCCAAAGCAUUGGUUGAAAUUCAAAAAAAUUACAUAAUAAAAAUAGAUUUGUUUAUUAACUGUAAACCACUGGACCAUUUGCCAUGCUGUUUCUUCAAUUUAGUAUAUUUAACGUAGUUAGGUAGCUUUGGAUAGAACCACCUGAGGUGUUUCCUUGGGAAUGAUCAAUCAAGAAAAGCUCAAAGUAAACACUUAAGUACUUUGCAUUUGUUCAACUUCACAAUUUACAAGGCCUUGCAAUUUGCUUUUUUCCUGAUUUUAAAGGUUUAUCAGAAUUAAAAUUUCACCAUCUUUUACAUUUCUCCAUCAUUGGUGAACUGAAAUCCUUCUCUUGCUAUAAUACUGACACAGCUUUUUUUGGUGGUUCAGAAUAGCCUGUAUGAUAUAGCAUUAGUGAAUGGAUAACUCUCAAAUCAACACACAAUUUUAAUUCAAAUUGACAUUUCUAAUCAUUCCAAUAAUUGAUUUUCAUAGGUUGGUACUAAAUGAACAAGAAUGACAUUUGGAAGAAUUUUUAAUAGAAAAGUAACUUUUUAAAAUUUUUUAAUAGGUCUACAUACAGCCACUAAAAAGCUAACUUUGUUUUUUAAAAGUGAUAGUUAAAACUAAGUUGUUUUUCACAAUUACCCUUCUGACUGGGUCUUGCAUUGUUUGAGUGCCCAGCAUCAAAUUUAAAUCAUUAAACUCAAAUCAAUAAACUUGAGGUUGCCUUUUUGAAAAGAUUCCAGCAGUUUCCAAAUAAAGGAACCAAUUGCACAAGCUAAAAAUUGAGCUUUGAAAUCCUGUUUAAGGUGUUAUUUUGAUGUGUACAAAGAAGAAUUAUUGUUAACUAAAAGCUAGAAGUUACUGUUUAGUACAGAAGCAUCACUGUCUUGUGACUGGAAAAGCUUCAAAGAAAAGUUUAUUUCAAAUCUCUUGACAGAUGUCAUGGUUUUUAAAAAAAAAACUCAGGUAGUUAGGAAAAUUGUAGCACUUGUAAUGUGACCAUUUGUUGCUGUUCGCUUAGUCUUAUGCCAUAUUGAAUAGUUUUGUGUAUAACUGUCUUAGGUUGUUAAUAUGUAUAAAUAAUAGUUAAACACUUUUUCUUUGACUUGGAUGAUCUGAAAAGUUCUUAGUUUGUGAUAAUAAAACAGAAUUAAUUUAUCUGAAAAUAAAGCUAUGAUGCCUUGUGAAUAUCUUGUCAUUAAUCUUGCAUUUAACAAUUUAACAUAAAUUAUGGUCUUUCUCACUUGCAUUCAAAGGAAGAUAAUACAGCAAAUAUCCUCUGCAAUUACAAUUGCUUGGCAUUAAUCAACCUUUUGGUUAAUAUUGUUGUCUUAUGCAUUUGCAUAUCAAGUAAGAGAUCAUUGUAUUAAGUUACCAGUUAAUGGAGAAUGCACUUUUUUUUGACGAUUUCUAGUGAUGAAAAUGUAAGCUUGGUCUUUGGAGGAAAUGUUGGCUUUUUAAUCUAAAUUUGGUAAAAUUUUAAGUGCUGGAUCUUAGUUGAUGAAUUUCAAUAAGUUUGGUGACAAGUUCUUUCAAAAUCUGCAAUUUAAAUCCAAAGGGAUUCCGAUUAAUUUUUGUCAUUCAACCAUCUUUUUUAAAAAAAAGUUAGUUCAUACCCACUCAACUUCCAAACUAUAUACAAUUUGGAACAAUCCAGCAACACCUUGCACUUGAUGGAUUUUUUUAAUAAAAAGAUUAAUUUUACAGUAAGCAGAUUCAUAUAACGAAUACAACACAAACUCCUAAGCCAUUCAGCAAUAAAUCACUAUUUCAGGAAGUUUGUUUAUAUUGUUAAAAAGUAAAUUGUUUUGCAUUUAAAAAUAAAGCUUUAUUUUUUUAAAAACAUGUAAACUGAAUCCUAAACAUCCUGUAUAUAUGCAAGGUAGUUAAAGGAACAUUCAUCUCCCCUCAUUCCUCCACUUUUUUUAGUGCCUGUCUCUUCCAAUUAACACUCUCUUCAGCCACUAUCAAUCCCUUUCAAUUCAAUUCUCCAAAAAUUCCUUCUGUCUCCCUAUUUUGAAGUUGGUAUUGCAGCAGUUUUCUGACGGUACUUGAGUAGCCAUUCUGUGAGGGCAGAUUGUGUCAAACGCAAGGCUGGUAUUUUUAAGCAAUCUAUCUACAUUUGUAUGGCACAACUCUGCAUGAAAAGGGACUUGAACUUUGGACUUCUGGUUCAGAGGUAGGGACACAAUCACUGUGCUAUAACAGUCCAAGUGUCAAAUGUAUUGAUUUUAAGACUAAAUAUUCAUAAGCUGUCAGAGACCACUACAUAGAAUUAGAGAGGAAUCCCAGGGUUUGUUUCCUCACCAGUAGAGGUAACAGUGAGACUGAAGUUAGUUCAGCCUAAAGAUAAUAAGCUAGAUCUUUAAUCUUUUACGUACCAUAUGGGUCAAACCCACCUCAGGGCAAGUUCCAGUUCUAUGACUCCAUUUAAGAUCAAUGGAGAAAUUGUCUCCAGUGUGGAAUAUUUCCCCUACCUGAGGAUCCAGCUCUUCCCCCAAAGCUGACAGGGAUACAGAGACUCAAUACUGCAUCCAAUCCACAGGCCUCACCUUCAGAUGACUAAGGAUGAGCAUCUUUAUUGUGACAUCAAAACCAAUACAAGAUCUUUGUGUAUAAGGCGGUUGUCCUUCUGUCUUCCAUACGGCUCCAAAACAUAGCCACAAUCAACCUAAACCAACUCUACUGGGCUAGCCAUGGGUUUAGGAUCCUGUGUUCCAACUCUGAUAGCACAUCUUUGCUCAGCUCAAUGAAGGUGCUCAAACGAAAAGAGGACAAAGGAAUUGUUUCAAAGGCUUCCCUCAAGAAAUGCAGCACAGAUGUCACUGCAUAGGAGACCCUCACUUAAAAGGAACUGACUUGGAGGAAUCUCCUGUUCAAAGGGAAACAUUUCUUUGAGAACACUUGGUGGCAAGAGGAAGUAAUGAAUAGGACCCUGAAAAAGGAAUCCCAGUGAAACCAGGGCAAAAGGACCAAUUACAUCCUCCUGGAAACACCUAAAUAUGUGGUCAGAUGUGGCUCUAGGCUGAUCAGCCACACAAGGACCCACAGAACCUGUGACCAGUAGCAUGGAGUUUGCAAGGUAAAUAAUCAUACUUACAAAAAGUCAUAUAGCACGGGAACAGACUCCUUGGUCCAACCAGUCCGUGCCAAACAUAAUUCCAAACUAAACAAGUCCCAACUGCCUGCUCCUGGCUCAUAUCCCUUCAAACGUUUCCUAUUCAUAUACUUAUCCAAGAUUUGUCAUGCUUGUCAGAAUGAUUGUUGAUGAGCACUUGAUGUGUUUACCUAUUAAAUGACCCGUGAACUCCAAUAUCUGCCAAAGUCACUCAAUGGCAACAAUUAGAAUGAAUAGAAGUGUUAAUUAGUACUUGAUAUAGUAAAAACAUAUGUAAAAGAAAACUAAGCUGGAUAGCUACUUAAAUUCACUUGACUACAGUAAUUUAGGCCUCAGUUUGCCCUUGAAUUAGGGCUCACUAAGAUGUUGCUGAUUUGCACUAUCCUGUAGUUUGCCAGUGGUGGUAUUUUUAGAGGAGUGUAGUCAUUUUUAUACUGAUUAAACAUUACUUUACAUUGAAGCAUAAUGUACUUUUAACUCAAUGACACAAAGGUUCCUUAACUAUUGAUUUUUGAUUAUUUCUCAUUAACAUAUAAGAGAAAAUCAAAUUGAAUUAAAGCACCUUAAUCUAUAUG